AUCUGUAUGGCGCUGUCUCUCCGUCCUCCUGUUGUCGUUCACUCCUCACCUGCCCAGGUGUGUUUCUGCGUGUUUAAAGGGCUUCUGCGAGUGUUUUCCUCCACGCCUCCGCCGUCCAGGUGUGUGAGCUCGUGUUGAAAAUGAGUUUGUAGGCGAGGAACUUGGCGCGGCUUCAGAACGGCCCCGCAGUGAGCGCGAGCCCAGUCAAAACAUGUCUUAUUUUUGGCUUACGGCUCGUGAGCUGGCUGCUAGCUACUUUUAGCUCCCUUAUCACAGCUGCUGAGACGAUCGGGACUUUUAACGCCGCCACAUCCGGGUCUGGGACUUCCAGGUCCACGGCUGGUCCGCUGCGACGUGCGCGAGGGCGUGUGUAAUCCGGAAAGUGACAUUAAAAAGUUGGUGACCUUCGUGAGCGGGGAGUGUGACUGGGCGGGCAUGCUGCUCACGAGGACGGAGUCCUGAGGGGAUCCAGACCUCCAGACCUCCAGACCUCCACCCAGCCCGGACCCCUCUCCUCUGCUCCUCCUGAUCAUGGCUCGCCGCUCAGCCGUCAACAUCCUGUGCCUUGGGACUCGAACCGCGAGCCUGCUGUGCGGACCUCGACCGCUCCGCUCGUCCGUGUGCAGCGUGUCAUCGCAGCCCCGAGCCGGGUUCAAGCCUGACCGGGUGGCGGUGGUCACGAAGACCACCCGCUACGAGUUUGAGCAGCAGCGGUAUCGAUAUGCGGGACUGUCCGAGGAGGACCUGAAACACCUGCUUGCCCUGAAGGGCUCCAGCUACAGCGGGCUUCUGGAGAGACACAACAUCCACACCAACAACGUGGAGCACAUCGUGGCGAGCUUGCAGAAGGAGGGCAUCGACGUCCGGGUGGUGAAGAGGGGGGAAUACGAUGAAGAGGUGGUGCGAUGGGCCGACGCCAUCAUCUCUGCUGGAGGCGACGGGACAAUGCUUCUUGUUGCCAGUAAGGUUUUAAGCAAGAACAAGCCAGUUGUUGGAGUGAACACAGACCCUGAGAGGUCCGAGGGUCAUCUGUGCCUUCCUGUGCGCUACACUCGGGCCUUCCCGGAGGCGCUGGAAAAGCUCUGCCGCGGUGAGUUCAGGUGGCUGUGGCGCCAGAGGAUCCGCCUGCACCUGGAGGGCACGGGGAUCAACCCCACCCCCGUGGACCUGCACGAGCAGCAGCUGAGCCUGGAGCAGCACAGCCAGGCCCACCGGCUGUCCACCGUGGACAGCAGGAAGAGAACCGGGUCGAUUGAUGAGAGCUUCUCCAAGCCGAGCCUGCUGCCCAUUCGAAGCCUGAAUGAGAUCUUCAUCGGAGAGUCCCUGUCCUCCAGGGCUUCUUACUACGAGAUCUCGGUGGACGACGGCCCCUGGGAGAAACAGAAGAGCUCCGGACUCAGCAUCUGCACCGGGACCGGAUCCAAAGCCUGGUCCUACAACAUCAACAAGCUGGCCCAGCAGGCGGUGGAGGAGAUCCUCAGCAUCGGAAAGGCCCAGACUGGUCUUGAAAUUCCACUAAAUCCAGAGUUUCUCCAGAAGGUUACAGAGAAGUAUAACGAGUCUCUGGUGUUCAGUCCGGACGACUUCCGCCUGCUGUACAGCGUCAGAGAGCCCAUCGUCAACCGCGUCUUCUCCAGCAGUCGGCAGCGCGGCUUCGCCAGCAGGGUGUGCGUGCGCUCCCGGUGCUGGGACGCCUGCAUGGUGGUGGACGGCGGGACGUCCUUCGAGUUCAACGACGGCGCCAUCGCCACCAUCAGCCUGAGCGAGGAGGACCAGCUGCGGACGGUGCUGCUGGAGAACUGAGGCCACGCCCCCCGCUGCCUUCAGACGGUGUCACGUGACCGCAGGCCUCCGGGACGCUCCUCUGCUGCUGUUUAUGAAUCAGUCGAGCUAAUCGCUCCUCUCUGCUCCGAUCGUGUCCGGUCUGCCGGUCUGUAGAAGCUCCUCUGGGGAGGAGAUCUCCACGGAGCUCCUGCUUCUACAUUUCUUUUUUUUUUUUUCUCCUUUGUUUUUGGUGGGGAGGAGGCCAACCAUGAAUGAGUUGCUGUUUGACAGGUUUUUAUUUAUAUAGAGUAGAGGAGUGUUUGUUGAUGAGUCCAGCCUGACUGGAGGAGUCGCCUCUAGCUUCGACGGUUCAGUCAGUCGGCUGACCUCUGACCCCCCGCUGACAGGAAGCCCUCCCCGCCCGGCCCGUCUGGCCUCAGGAGGAGUGAGCAGGACUGUGGCUUCACCUCCCCGACCACAUCAGCUUCGGACUCUUCGCUUUCAUUUCUUUGUUUUUGCUGUAAAGUCCAGAUUUCCUGCUUCGUCCAUCUGUUGAGGGUGGAGAAGUGUGGUUGGUGUGUGGAGUGGGACUACACCUGGACGAACGGGACAUGUAGAGAGAGACGAGUCCACCGCUGCUCCACCCUCUGCUCCACCCCCUGCUCCAGCUGCACCCGAGACGAGCAGGUUUCCUGUCACUGACUCCAUCAGCUCCCUCCAUCCUCCUGCGUCUGGCUCCACCCAUCAGAAGGGGCGUGGCCUCUCUGGACACGGAGGACUCUUAUUUCUUCACAUGCAGGCGUUUGAGAGCACAGCGGCUGUUACAGCUCGCGCACCGAGUGAAUAUUUUUGGAAAAUAGCGUAUAUUUUUUCAGGACGUUGGAAAAGAAUGAACGGAGCACUUUGCUCCAUGUUUCUGUGUGUUUCCGCCCCUCAGCGGUCGGACGACAGCUCGAUUUAAAAUGUGAUUUGAAGGGAUUCUUCACGCGGCGCCACUCCUCGUGACCGAUCCCGGCUUGAGUCGUGCCAAAGGCCACUUUCCUCACACGUCCACCGUCACCCUGUCACCCUGUCAGGAUGUCUUGUUCUGGAAUCACAAUAAAUGAUUGAA